AGCGUCUUGCCGGUUGGAUCGUUUUCGGAAAACGAGCUCCUACCUUCUGAUGUCUGUGGUAGAAAGUGCGGUUUGUUGAUGGAAUUGAAUAAACAUAAAAGUUGGAAACAAACAGAAGUGUGAAAGGAAUGUUCGUUGAUCUUUACCGUGCGGAGAUGAGUAAUGUGACGGGUUGAAGAAGAUGAAAGUGAUUGCCAUAAAUAACGCACGCGUUCGGCAAGAAUCCCAACUAAGUGCAUUUUUAUUUAGAGAACGAGUUUGCUGGAUAAACGAAUAGAGAAGAUAUUAUUAAUGUACACAGAGCGUGAGAAAAAGGCGAACAAAUUGUGCCACCGGCCGAACAGGUGUUGCAGAAUGUGAUCAUAAAUAGAAAGGUUGUUUUGGCUACGCGCUCAGGAAAAAGCGGAGAUGCGUCAGUAGUGAAUCAGAAAAAAGGGAACGCGAAAGGAACCGGCGAGAUUUCAGUUUGUUUGUUUUGAUUCUCUACAUUCCAGCACACCGUGAUGUCGUGUUGUUGAAAGUAGGAGACCAGAACUGUGCGGUUUGUUUUUUGGCGCGACUAUUAAAUCGGAAACAUCGAGCUGUUAGGUGAUUGUCGUAUAAAUAUUGACAAGUGAAGUGGAACAUUCGUUCGAAUUGCAAUUAUCACGAGUGAGGGUGGUGUUGAAAAUGGAGUGGAACGAUACAGUUGGUAAUGACAAUGGAAGUGAACUCUACAGAAUGGAUAGCAUUGCAACGGAAUCCACAAUCGUAACGACAAUGAUGGUACCAGCAGUAGCACCCCCAGCCGUGGGGCUUACAUUUCCAUCGGAUCUGUUGACCUUCAUCCGGCAGACGGCAUCAGGAUCCGCGUCGUCCAAUCUGUCUUAUUUGCUGAGUAAUAUCACCCGAGCCCUGUCAUCGCCAUCGAAUGAGUUCAAUUUAUCACGGCGAUUUCCGCUCCAUCCAUUCUUUCCACUGUACAACGACACGGUGUUUGAAUCUUGUCCGUCCAUCCAGAUGCCGAUAGGGAAUCUGAUAUCAAUGAUCCUGUACGCCGUCGUGGGCCUAAUUGGACUAUUUGGAAACACACUUGUUAUCUACGUGGUGCUGCGCUUCUCCAAGAUGCAAACGGUUACCAACAUGUACAUCCUAAAUCUGGCCAUUGCGGACCAGUGUUUCCUAAUUGGAAUACCGUUUCUCAUCAUCACGAUGCAUCUGGGCGAAUGGACCUUCGGCAAUACUAUGUGCAAAGCGUACAUGGUGUCUACCUCGAUUACACAGUUCACCUCAUCGAUAUUCCUCUUCAUCAUGUCUGCAGACCGUUACAUAGCUGUGUGCCAUCCCAUCUCAUCGCCACGGUUUCGAACGCCUCUGGUAUCGAAGAUAGUUUCUUUUUUUGCAUGGACAACCUCUGCUCUGAUAAUGCUACCGGUGAUGCUAUACGCCAACACGGUUCAUCGAGACAAGGGCAAAAUAUCCUGCAACAUUGUUUGGCCAUCGGAAAAUGCUAGCAACUCCGGCACAACCUUCACCCUGUACUCCCUCAUACUGGGCUUUGCUGUUCCCCUUUCGCUUAUACUAAUGUUUUACUAUCUGGUGAUCCGCAAACUGCGCACAGUGGGUCCCAAGAGCAAGUCCAAGGAAAAGAAGCGCUCCCACCGCAAGGUUACCAAACUAGUGCUCACAGUCAUCACGGUAUACGUUCUCUGCUGGCUGCCCUAUUGGAUCUCCCAGGUGGCAUUAAUUAAUUCCCCACCGGAUAUUUGCAAAUCCCGUCUGGAGAUUACCGUUUUUGUCCUAGUGAGCUGCCUUGGCUAUUCCAAUUCGGCCAUGAACCCAAUCUUGUACGCUUUUCUAUCGGAUAAUUUCAAGAAAAGCUUUCUCAAAGCGUGCACUUGCACCAAGGGCAAGGAUAUCAACGCCCAGUUACAAAUCGAGAACAGCUUCUUCCCUCGCUUCGCACGCAACAGGGGCUCGGAAAGGGGCAAUUCAACGAAAAUCCUCCAUCCCGGACGUCAGAAGGUUGGCGAUCAGACUCAUCCCAACGAUACGGCCAACAAUAACAACACCAAUAAUGCAAACGCCAACAACGGUAGCAGUCGCUGUUCAGGACCAGGCGGCCCCAUCAGCAAUACCAAUACGAAUGGCAACACCACAACUACGACGAUGACAACCACUACGAUGGGACUUGGAGGAGGAAGUUCCAGUUCGAAUGUGGUGCCAAUUGCCAGCAAAAUUCUCGACACCAGCUCUAGGCCCCCCGUGCUGCAUACGGAUUUAUAAGGCUCUAAGCUUCCACCAGGGCGCCUACAACUCAACCAGGUUCUGUCUGCCACGCAGUCUCGAGCGGAUUUCAUUGGAAACCCACGGGGAUUCUGCAACCUGUAAUUGGAUACUCGGUGUGUGAAAAAAAAGUUAUGAUCUGUGCAACGUUCCUGUUAGAUGUUACCAGCUUCAAGAGGGGUUGAGAGCCAAAAGCUAUGGAAACACAUCGAAGUUUUAAUAUCAGAAAAACUAGCACACUAGUCAUUAACAUUUCCAACUAAUAAACAAACGCCUAGAGAUAGAUAGGAAGCAACUUACAAGAAUAUCAGAAAUAAUUGUACAAAGCGAAAGGAGAUUAUAGAGAUGUGUGGGCAUAUGGCCUCAAAAUAACGGAAUAACUUCCGAAAACCCAUUGAAAGGAAAAAAAACACCUUAAUGAUGAAGUGUGGAUCUCAUGUUUGGAUCCGAAGAAAAAAUAAUCAGCUUCUGCUGAAGCUGGCAGAACAAACAAAACACUUGCACAAAAAUAAAAUGCCAUUAGAUAACUAGGAAAUUAGCGGAUCGAGUGAAAUGUAUCAAUUUGGCCGGGAACGGAAGCGAAGCGAAAUUAAUUGACGCUGGCAAAAGGAAGAGGUCCACACUAAACGGAGCCCUUUUUAGCGUCCUUUUUCUUUUGCCAAAGUGAUGCGAAGGUACGGUUGAAUGUGCUCCAAUUAAUGGACAAGAAAAAAAAAAUCGUGGAGGAGUCUUUGUGUAGGAAAAAAAUGGACGUUGGUUUGUGAGAUAUGGGACUUUAAAUCUAGUAGCCUUAAGUCUGUGAAUAUAAUUGUUAGGAAUUUUAAAACGAU